UUAUUACAUUUUGCCUUUCUUCUCAACGACGCAAGUAAAAGAAUCUUGAAUCUUCGAACAUACAAAACAACGUUAUCAAUUUGCCACUGUCUAAUCCUAGUACAUAACACCGCUUCUUAUCUUCCACUCUCUGUAACAACUUUUACCUUUUUGUUUCAACUUCAUUUUUGUUUUGCGCUUUCUCUUGCAUCAUCGUAAUUGAAACCUAAAAAUGCCACUUUUAGCCCCUUCAUCUUCCGCAACCCCUUUCUGUUUUUCUCAACUCAAAACCCACAAUUCAAAUUCCCAAACAACAUUUUCCUCCAAUUCAUUAACCCCUUUUCGAAACAGAACCGUUCCCCUUCGUAACACACCACACAUAGCUUCACACUUUACACACAAAUUUUCAUCAAAAUGCAAUGGACACGAUGAUGAUUCAUACACCGACGAAUACACCAUGUCACUUGAUUGGGAUGAUGAAGAUGAAAUCGAAGACGAUGAGAAAAAAAUUGAGGAUCCUGAGUCGCCAUGGGAAGGUGCAGUUAUAUACAAGAGAAAUGCUUUAAUUUUACAUCAAGAGUAUUGCACUACUUUGGAGAGAUUAGGUCUAGGAAGGAUUUCGACUGAUAUUUCGAAAAAUAAGGCCUCUGUUAUGGGAUUGAGAGUUGCGAAAACAGUGAAGGAUUAUCCUAAUGGAACUCCUGUUCAGGUUUCUGUUGAUGUUACUAGGAAGAAGAAGAAAUUGAGACUUGAUGGGAUCAUCAAAACUGUCAUCACACUUCCGUGUAAUAGGUGUGGCAGGCCAUUUGGUGAGGGGAUAUUCUCUGAGUUCUCUCUUUUACUCACAGAUGAGCCACCUGUUGAUGAGCCAGAGACUAAUGAUUUAGGUGUUAUUUUCGGGGUGGACAAAAUUUCAACCCUUGGAAAAAGCGAAGAGGAUGACGAAGACGCGUUAAUUGAUCCGGAUGAUCAACUACAUUUUCCUCGUGAAGAGAAACAAAUUGACAUUUCAAAAAACAUAAGAGACAGGGUGCAUGUGAAGAUCAACAUAGGUUCGGUAUGUGAUUCUGGGUGCAAAGGUAUGUGCAUGAAAUGCGGUAAAAACCUGAACACCGGGAAUUGCAGCUGUAGCAAAGAGGUAGUAAAAGAAGAAAUCUUUGGCCCAUUUCGAAAUUUAAGAGAGAAGAUGCAAAUGAAAAGAUCAUGAAGUUCAUGUUUAAGAUUUAUAACGGUGCUAGAUAGAACAUUAUGGCGAAAGUUGAUUUCUGGAGUUGACCCGAAUUAGUGGGAUAAGACUUGAUUGAUUGUUUGGUUGUUGCUGAAUUCAGUAUUGACUUUUGCUGGAUUGAUGUACUGACAUUGUUAAGUGAAUGCUUAGAGUUUCAGUAUUAGAACAAAACAUAUACUAGUACAUUUUAUAUGAAAAAUUGUGUACUUAACUUUGAAAUUGUUAUUUUUGACAGAAAUUUUAUGAUAGAAUUUUUAUCUUUAA